ACGAUCCGAUCGCUGCCAACUGGGCCACACCCUUCGUCUUCCCCCCUCAGAUCCACCGCCCCCCGGAAAACCAAACACGGAAACAGCCACCUGCGGCGGCCACGACAAGCGGCGCGGCUCCCGUCGAGGUCGCACCCACCCACCCAUGCCGGGUCUCGUCGCCUACUCGGUCGCCGGGCUGGGCCUCCUCGCCCUCGCCGCGCUCGAGUCCCUGCCCCUCCGCGUCCCGCCGCUCCCGCUCCUCCCUCGCCGCCACUCCACGCCGCUGCACCUCCGUCACCUCCUCGCCGCGGUCCUCUCCGCGCUCUGCCUCCUCUCCGCGCUGCUCUCCGCGCACCACCUCUCCCUCCCCACGCUCGCCGCCUCCGCGCUCUUCCUCCUCUACUCCCUUGCGCCCUUCGCGCCGCUCGCCGCGCCGCUGCCCCUCCCCCUCCUCGACCUCCUCCUCGCCGCGGCGUUCGCGCAGGAGUUGCUCCUCUUCGCGCACCGCCGCCCCUCCACCGCCGCAGGCAUCGAGAACCGGUACUUCGACCUGCUCCUCGUCCCCAUCACGCUCUGCCUCGGCGCCACCCUGCUCGCUGCGCACCGGCCGGGAGAGACCACGCCCCGCCUCGCCCGCGCGGCGGGGCUGGCGCUGCAGGGCACGUGGAUGGUGCAGAUGGGGUUUUCCUUCUUCACAAGCGCCGUAGCGCACGGCUGCGCGCUCCACGCGGCCAGCCGCGCCGACUACACCAUCAAGUGCCGCACCCACGAGGACUACCACCGCGCGCGAUCCGUCGCCACACUGCAGUUCAACGGCCACCUCGCGCUGCUUGUGAUCGCCGGCGCGGCCGCGUACGCGGCCGUCCUCUCCAGGACGAGCCGGCCGCCGAUCGGGUACAGGUUGCUGGGCAAAGAGGUGCAGAUGGAGGGGAUGCCGAUGAUGUCGCGGUUCACACUGGAUUCGGAUGAGGAAAAAGAAGAGGAAAGGAUCACCACCGCAGCAGCACCGGUGACCAACGGGGUGGAGUCCCAUGACGAGAUCCCGCUGCACGCUACUGGUUCCUAAGUGACGGAAUCGGAAUUGGAGCGCAUCUGCUGUAUAUUAUCCCAGUGGUGGAGGACAUUGACAGAUCUGCAAAACGUUGCGGUAUCAUGUUUGUGUGUUUCUGUACUGCAUUUCAAUACGGUGUUCACUUUAACAUCUGUACAAUAUUGUAAUCUAUUGGGUUCUGAUAUAUCUUUGAGAAAUAAAGUUAACCCAUGUUCCACUA